CGAACGGAGAUUCUGAAGCGGCUGACCCAGAACGUUCGGGAUAUAGGCGCACGCGAGGCGGUUACGAUACUUAUCUUUGCGACUGAUACUGAAUCUACCGCCCAAAACACCGCAGGUUCUACUAGAAAGUCUAUGAGGUCGAAGCGCGUCAGACCCAAGGCAAGGACUAUACACGAAGAAAAAGCCUUGAACAAAGAGACUUUAACGCGGAGGUGCGGUCUUAGAUUCAAGGAACUUGGCGUCGCAGGCACAGUGUACAUCAGUUGUAAAAUGAGAAGCCCAUGGCCUUGGGAGCGCAUGACUGACGAAGCUUUCAAAUUCAUGCGCUCCGUUGUUGAAAAGGAGCUAGCCAAGCUCGACCUCCCAGAGACCAAGGAUUCUCUCGGGCCGCUUACCUCUGCUUUCUGGGGCAUCGACACAGCCAGUCAAGAGAGUUUGAAUUCGAUGCCGAACCACUCUCUCACUCGCGUACGAGAGCCAAACAGUUCUCGGCGCCUAGAAGCUACCGGAGACAGUUUUGAUCUUAACCUCACAACCUCACCUGGCACUGUGAGCAGUUCCGCGAACUCAAGCCGUGCCAGUCCAUCUACUGAGCCAUUGACUGCACCUGACGUAGAAGAGAUCUUACAACCCGAUAUCUCUGCAGCUGUGUCAUCCUGCGCACUGCCUCAAGGUCUUCGAGGCGACACGGUCUGGCGGGACGAUACGGCUGUUGACGGAUUUCACAGCGUCAGCAGUUUCGAAACUAUCGCACUCAAUCCGGCAGAAGACGCGGUGAACCUGCCUGGCACCACCGAUGACCCUGAGUCUGCUUCCCUUGAGAGGUCGGGCAGCGGAAACAACGAUCACUCGCAAGUUAACGGCGACACGGACGUCGAUGGAAGUACUUCCUUGUUCCCUGAACACGCGUAUUGUUCUUCUAAUACAAGAGCUCCCCAGAGACAAUCCCGAUUGAAAAGGCUCAAUCCGCUCGAGCCUCAUUACCAUAGUGUGCAUAAUUUUAAUCAUCCAAUGCCAGGCAGUAUCCAUAGCGGUUUGAAGCGACUUCGAACGAAUGCAAACGGAACGUGCUCAGUAUCAAAAGAGAGCUUUACGAAUACAUAUAUUCUCCCGACCCAGCUUCUUCCGAUCUAUGAUCUAACAUACCAGCUCCAGCUUUCCAUUCAGAGGAAAGUUCCGGACACAGCGGAGUCAAUUUUGUUUGCUAUGAAGGGAGAUACCAGCGCUCUGAAGCGUUUAUUUGGCGAAGGGCUGGCGUCUCCAGUAGAAGUGAGCAGUUCUCGAGAGCUUUCUUUGUUAGGAGUAUUGGGCGCUCUACGCCGGAAGGUGGAACUAUCGUACUGUUCAGUUUCUAGUCAUGGAGUGCAAUGCGCCUGUUGAUGAUUGGUCCUUUGACCAUGCAUGGGAAUAUGCAUAUCGCAAUAGUUACG